GAGAGAGAGAGAGAGAGAGAGAGGGGUCAAAGGCUGGUCCAUGGCCCAUACAUUUAGUGGACAAGAAUAGAAUACAGUAGUAUAGAACUUGUAUACUAGUAACCAGUAAAAACUUGCAGCUAGUAACCAGCUCAAAGUAACCCUGCUGCCUCUUGGCAAGAACAGCCUCACUGCUCAUCCUUCCAUCCAUCCAUCCUUGUUCCACUAUAGCAAGUGAGUAGCUUAUCUUCUCCUUCCUUCGUUCCUUCCAAGUUGUGUGACCUUGUUUGCAUUGCAUGGGGAAGAGCCCAAGAAAGUAGAAGAAGCUGGCUAGAUAGGACAUGGCAGCACAGAUAACAACAUAUAUUAUUCUAUGGUCUAAUCUAGCAGCUUGCUUACCUCCUUCAUCUUGGGGUUUUGGUUUGCAACUAGUAUCUUCUUGAUAAGGUCCCCGAGAUCCCACACCUCACCUCAGCUCCCUUUUUGUUAUCUUUUUUCUUCCCUUCUCUUCUCUCUCCCCUGUAUUGAGAGUCCCAAGAAACACUGAGAAUUUUGUUGCAUCCUUGUGAGUGAGUGACUCUGGGCGCCAUUAACUUUUCUUGCUUGCACUCGAUCUCAUCAUGGUUUCCAUUGUGCCCCUGCAGCAGAGAAGAACAGAAGCAUCGCCAGCAGCAGCAAGAGGCAUCUUCUCGCUGGAGAGGCGUCGCCGAGGAGAGGAAGGAGGAGGCAUGGAUCUUUCCGGCACGCAAGGCGAGCUCCCGAUCCCAAUGCACGCCAACGUCGCACCGCCCUAUAGCGGCGUCGGCGGCGGGGGCCAUGUCCUGCAGGUCCACCAUGAGCAUGGAAACAACAAUGGGCAGUCGUCUCCUGCGCUGCCGUCGCCGCAUGCCGCGGCGGCUGAGGAGAGACCCGAGAAGAAACGCGGGGCGGCGGCCGGCGCUGGCAUUGGCGGCGGCUGCUGGAACUCGGCGGCGAAGUACCGCGAGUGCCUGAAGAACCACGCGGCGGCCAUCGGCGGGAACGCCACCGACGGGUGCGGCGAGUUCAUGCCGAGCGGCGAGGAGGGCUCGCUGGAGGCGCUCAAGUGCUCCGCUUGCGGCUGCCACCGCAACUUCCACCGCAAGGAGGUCGACGACGACUUCGACGUCGCCGGCGGGUGCGCCGCGCACGCGCACGGCCACGGGCCCCGCGCCGCCCGCCGCCUCCUCGCCCCCGCUAUGCCGCAACACAAGAACGGCGCCGGCGGUCUCCUCGUCUCCGCCGACCCCUAUGGCGCCUACGCCGCGGCGCGCGCGCUCCCUCCGCCGCCGGGGCACCCGCACCACCACCACUACGUCAUGCCGCUGAGUGUGAUGCACACCUCCGAAUCCGACGAGAUGGCCGGCGACGGCCCCACCGCCGCCGUGCUCGGCUCGGGCGGGGGCGGGGGCGGGGGCUCCUCCUCGUCCAAGAAGCGGUUCCGCACCAAAUUCACCGUGGAGCAGAAGGCGCGCAUGCUGGACUUCGCGGAGCGCGUCGGGUGGCGCCUCCAGAAGCUCGACGACGGCAUGGUGCAGGCGUUCUGCCAGGAGAUCGGCGUCAAGCGCCGCGUGCUCAAGGUCUGGAUGCACAACAACAAGCACAACCUCGCCACCAAGCGCCUCGAGGCCUCGCCGCAGGCGCAGGCAAUGCCAGCCAUGCCGUCGCCGCCGCCGCUGCAGAUGUCGAUGCCGAUGCCAGUGAUGCCUCCGCCGCAGCCUGGGCCGUCCUCCCUUCGCGGCCCCAGCUCCCCGCCGCCGCUCAAGCUCUAGUGACCGCUUUCCCCAACCUGACAUAGAAGAAGAUUACCAUGCUGUCCAUGGUGGUUCUUGAUCCUGGAUUCCUGGUAGCCUAGCAAACCAACCGCAUCGCAAUCUCACUGUUCCAUUCCAUCCAUGUGAUCGCAAGUGAUCGUUGAAGAAGAGAGAAGUGAAACAAAAGAGAACAAGUCAAGUUAUAUCGUCUGUUUUUUUUCCUUUUAUUUUCCGGUGUUCGUUGAUUUGUCAUAAGGUAGUGGAGCAAGCAUGAGAUGAUGAGGACAUGCAUCAUAGGUGAACUGAACUGAACCCAAUUUCCUAUUAUCUCAAGAACAAAAAUGAGAAACUUUCCUAGACUAUUUUAUUUUUAUUUUCUUGGUUGGUGUCUCUGACUUCAAGCCUAGCUUGGGACGAGUUGAACAUUUGAGCUGUCGUUAUGGAUAAUUGGAUAUUGUGUAUCAAGUUAA